GCUUCGGGAGUGCGACAUCGCAGCCUGCGCUGAAUUAAUAAUAAUUAAGUAAAAAAUACAGUACUAUGCUGCUGUUUCUCUGGUGGAUUGCUGGCUAUAUAAUACUCGUAUCUGGAAGUACAGAUCCACCCCUGUAUCCUCUUGAUUCCCAAAAUGUGGCAAAGUGUCUGGACUAUUGCCAUCUAAAGAACUUGCGAUUUCUCCUCUGCGUGGAUGCAGAUGGUCAGCUCUCCCACAAUCCCUACAAGGACUGCAAUCGAGGAUUCUGCAAGGCCGAGGACUUUGAACUCGAAUAUGAAUCAGAUGAUUCUUCUGAAACACGUACCAAUCGUGUUGAGAAAACCAGAGUUGGCCAAAAGGCAAAUCUAAGAGAUCUUUGUCUGAAUGAGAGGGGAAUUCCCAUCAGACGCAGGUGCCAAAUUCGAAAUGGAAAAAGAGUCUGGCAAAGUUUAGACCACAUAACCUGUAGAUCGGCUCCAGAACUCAGUUCAAGUAUAAACCUUCUCGCUGUAAAAAGCCCACCGGAUAUGAUUAGCCAACUGAGUAACCUCUUAACUCAGUCCCAGGCAAAACUAGCCGCCGCCGAUGUCUUUAGUAUCUCUGAGAUAUUUGAUUCGCUUGUUAAGAAACGGGAAAGAAAUGCUGAAGUUGUCGGGGAUUUGAUGAAGAUUUGCCAGAAAGUCAUGACCACGGAUAACGAAACUCUUCGUAUUUCGGCAGAUGUUAAUGCCACGAAUUCGCUGCUAAGCAAUUUCGAGGAUUAUCUGGAUGAACUGGGUUCGCAAUUAUUCCUAAGAAACACCAGCGUUAUACAAAACAGUACAGAGUUUAAAUUCCAUACAUAUUUUGAUAUGGGUGUUGUGGUUCUAAAGACAAACGAACUUAGUGUGUUUUUUGUGGACCCAGAAGUGAAGAAUAUUACUGGAAUGGCAAUAUUUUCAAAUGGAAACUCUUCGGAUUUUAAAAGCCUUCAUACAUACGAUAAGGUGGAUGAUGUAAGGGCAAUAGAAAACCUGCAGACUGCAGUUUUUUUGCCCGAGAAACUUUGGAAGAAACUGAAGAAAAAGGGAGCCUCUUAUUUAGUCUUCAAGGUCUACACUCGAGAUGCGCUUUUUGUGGAGACGGCACAGGAAAUCCAACGACGACCAACUAGUAAUGUUAUCUCUAUAACUAUACCAGGGUUGUAUGAUAACCAUCUCCCCGAGAAGUUGCCGUUUUUCCUGCGCAAUGGAAAGGCAAAUCAAACUCAAUAUGAAGGUGGAUGUGGCUAUUGGAACUAUCAGACCUGGCUUAGUGAUGGAAUUUCCACCAACGGCAGUGGCAGCUCGCAUCCGGUGAUCCUCUGUCUUGCGGACCACCUAACUCAGUUCACAUUUCUGCUGGGAGUGAGCAAAAUGCAGACGAGUUUUGACAGCUAUGAAGAUGAUCGCAGCUUGGAUAUUAUCACCAAUGUAGGCUUGACCUUAUCUCUCCUGGGACUCUUUGCCAUUUUCCUAACUGCAGCAGUUUUCAAGAGCUUUAGGAGCUUAGCCUCUACUAAGAUACUGCUAAAUCUCUGUGCUGCCCUGUUUCUUCAGUUGUUGUUCUUCCUGAUCCUGAGUCAAAGUAAAUUCCUGGAACUGCUCGAUCAAUCAGAUUCGGAAAAAUGCACCUUGAUUGGAGCUAUGAUGCAGUACUUACUGUUGGUGGUCUUCAGCUGGAUGUUCAUCAUUGGUUUUCUGCAGUAUCAAAGAUAUGUCCGGGUCAUUGGUGUUAAUCAUCCAAGACAUUAUAUUUUAAUAUCGGCUAUAGUGGCCUGGACACUGCCACUUGUGCCCACAUUGCUUGUGGUUUUUCUGGAGCCCGAUUCCUACAGACCCAGUAAUUCCUCGCUGGAUACUCCCAUUAUCUGUUAUCCCUCUGGAUAUGGCUUAAGUCUGGGUGUGAUUCUUCCUAUUGGCCUGAUUACAGUGGCCAAUGCCAUGUUGGUGGGCUACAUCACCUGGAGUGUCUAUAAGGCCUUGUUUACCCGUGAUCUAGUCCUAAAACAGUUGGGCCUCUUCGUGCUGCUCUUCUUUCUCCUGGGUAUCACCUGGAUCUUUGGACUGUGUUCUUACUUUGACUUCGGCAGGAUCUUCGCCUACCUCUUCUGCCUCACAGCCACCCUACAGGGAUUUGUUCUAUUCCUUUUCUUCAUAGUUUUCAACAAAGAAAAUCAGAGGGCCUGGUUGGGACUCUGUUGUAAUUUGCGCCAAAAGAGAGAUCAAGAAACUAUAGAAAUGCCAACGGACUCGAUUUUAAAACGCUCAAGCCAGUCAUCAACUCACAGUACCAGUAAAUAGGUGUUCGAAUUAAGUAAUGUUAGGGAAAUAUUUUGUAAAAUACAUUAAUAAAUGAUUUAGUACCCAUAUAAUUGGAAUGGAAA